UGGCGAUAGUUUAAGCGCAGUGCGACCAGUGGCAAUUGAAGAGAGGAGGGUUUGACAUUAUUCCGCCAAAAAUGAAUCCCGGCGUGGACGAAGAGACACGGAUACGCGACGACGUCGUCGAUAAUUCGGAGGAGAUAUCGCCGCCCAACAGCAAACGGAUACGCCUGGACGAUGGUUGUAAUAAUAAUUUAAACAGUACUCUGAAUAGCAUUUCUAAGAGUAGCGUACGAUGGUCUUGUGCCAGCGAUGCCAGUUUGGUAGAACCAGAGAUUUUGGAAGACAUGGGAGUCAGUAUGCUGGAGGAUGAAGAAGUAAGCUGUGAAAGUCUCAAAAAAUUACAAUCACAGGAAUGCACCAUUUCUCCUACUAGCUCCGAGUCCAGCCGUCUGAUGCCACCAAUUGAAAAUGAAUUACACAAUAAUCGUGAUGCAAUAUAUAGAACUUCCAGCUUUGAUACGGUCAGGUCGGAGCAAGAUCUGUACGAAUUAGAUGAUCCGACAAUUUAUACAACUAUGGGUAACGAAUCUGGAUAUACUUCAAGAGUGGACCCGGAAACAUUUGGCGAAACAAAGGAAAGUUUUAAUAAAGAAGACUUAUCUGAACCGGACAAAUUAGACCGGUCGACUAGUAUGGAAACAUUCUAUUUAUACAGGAGAAAGAAAAGACCUUCAGUCACAGGGGAAGACAAGUUUAACAAAUUAUCCGAUGAAAUGAUCUUAAUGAUCCUUAAAUGGCUUCCAAAAAGAUGUUUGGUACGUUCGAUGCUGGUUUGUAAAAGAUGGUGUCAAAUAGCGCGUGAUGAGGCUCUUUGGGCUCGUCUAGACCUCGGUGGUAAGGUUUUGGUCGAAGGAACCCUAGGUCACAUCCUGCCUCGAGGAAUACAAAUUCUUAGACUUGCGCAGGCUGAAAUAGCUGAUCCAGUAUUCCAACCAGGCAGCGAUGUAAUUAAUGACAGCUACGUUAGUAAAUUGCAGUACUUGGAUCUUUCAAUGUCCGUUAUUUCUCCCGAGGGCCUAGCAACUCUGUUAUCGAAGUGUAGACAUUUAAAGAAAUUAUCCUUAGAGAAAUGUAUAUUGAACGAAUCAUGCUGCAAAGCAAUUAGUAAAAAUGUCGAUCUCGAAGUGUUAAACCUUACGAUGUGUGAGGGGAUGAAUAUUAAAUGCAUUAAAAGUUUAAUGAAACUGAAAAGCCUGAAUGCCCUCAAUCUGGCCUGGUGUGGUUUAGCCACUGAUUGUAUGGCAUUACUUUGCAAAUCUUUGCCUACAUCUGUUACUCGACUGAACAUUGCUGGAUACCGCAAGACCAUGACAGAUGACAAUGUGAACGAACUCGUGAAAUGCUGUCCAGAUUUAAUAGAGCUCGAUUUGAGUGAUUGUACUAUGCUGACAAUUAACACAGUGAACAGUCUCUUGAAUCUUAUAAAGUUGGAACACUUGUCGUUAAGUCGGUGUUACAGUAUUCCACCGUCAACCUACUUGAGACUGGCAUACAUGCCUUCUUUACUCUACUUGGACAUCUUCGGUUUGAUGGCAGAACCAACACUUAUAUCUCUACAAGCUAAUUGUGGUGGCACUGAAAUCAAUAAGUUCCUAUUCAGUUCGGUAGCUAGACCAACCGUAGGGGUUCGGAGGACCAGUAUCUGGGGGCUUCGAGUCAGAGAUUGAUGAGAACGUUAUCGAAUACUCAAAUGACUUUUGAAGGCCAAAUAAUGUUUAAAAAAAGAAAAAAAAACACCAAAGGCAAGAUCAAUGAAUUUUGUUGUUUGCAUCGAUAGAAAAAUGAGUGCCUUCAUCGGAUAGACUGAAGUUUACUUUGUCGAUUUAAGAUGGACUUAGGGAAUGUUACUGUAGGAAGAACCUUUUAUAUAGAAUACUUUUAGGGACACGUUAACGAUAUUUGUUUUUGAAAAGAUAGGCUUAGGAAAUGGUGAAUUAACAUUGUUGAAACUAAACCGAAUCUAAUUAACUUUCCUUUUGUACAUAUUACUGCGAAGAAUUGCAUAUACACAUCGGAGCGAUGGAAUCUAAUCUUGGAGCUAUGCUUCGCUUGUUCAAUGUUUAAGUGCACCGAUUGAAUAGCAAACCAUAGAUCACGGCAAACUAUUUUACUUGUACUCUUAUCAACAUCUCGAUGAUGUCAUUUAGAAAAUAAUGAGGGUAUUUAAGCUGUCUCGAAUCGUGUACAAUAUUACAUCCGAGGAUCUCUGAGAAGUAAUCAUAUUUUUAAUAUUUUUCCACGUAAUGACAUGAUUGUUAUCAAUUUGUACAAUAUACUAAAUCAAUUCUUUACGAGUACAAUGGCAGAUGUGAUUAAGUGGCGAUUAAAUGUAAUAUGUCCGUAAUAUCGUUUCUAACAUCAUUGUUGGUUAAUAUCGGGCAUUAUAGUGUAUUUAUAUAGGAUCCCCAUGAAAAUGUGUUCCAAGCCAAAAGCCCAUUUACCACGAGAAUUUUACACUAGUGUGAUGAACUGACGCUUUUGGAAGUCCUCAACCUAUGAGAAUUUUAUAAUUUGUGAUUAAUUUCGAGUUAUCUAGUAUUAGAGAGUCAGGCCGUCUGUAAUGUUUUCAAAAGUAGGGAGAAGUUUUCGGCAGAUCAGUACGGCGCAAUCAAUCGUUUACGAAAGAUGACAAAGUAUUGUGUAAAAUAAAUUGUUUAUAACAGAAUAUUAAUCAUAAAGAAUUGUAUACAACCGACUGGUAACAGUAAAGAACGAUCGAUCUCAAACAAA